AUGGCGCCUUCGAAGAACGAUGUUGAUUUCUCAGAUAGAAUUCAAGGCGAAGACUUGGAGUUCAAUAGAAACACAAUGGAGGAUUUCCACGUAAGGCAUAAAUUUAAAUCCAUUGGUGCAGCAAACAACGCAAUAAUACAGAAUCUGUUCGUGCACAAGGUAUUGUCGAACUGUUCGGCGACUCAGCUAGUGACCCUCUCCGGAGCUGCUUCCGGGUUCCUUGCUGGGGUGGUCGUAUGUCCGCUUGAUGUGGUCAAGACCAGGCUCCAAGCUAAGGGUAAAAAGUCAACCAGAGGGUUUGUAGGGGAGUUUACGCACAUAGUACAUAAAGAAGGCUUAAGAGGACUCUAUAGAGGGUUGGUCCCAAUUACCAUAGGGUAUUUGCCUACAUGGACAAUAUAUUUCACCAUAUACGAACGAGCUAAGAAGUUUUACCCGGGGUUUAUGGAGGAGAAAUUUGGCUUGGAGAUGGAUUCAGUAAACCAUUUCUGUGCUGCGUUGACGGCGGGAAUGGUAUCGUCGAUAGCUGUGAACCCUAUCUGGGUGGUUAAGACAAGACUAAUGAUUCAGACCAGUAACAAAAAGGGAACGGAAACCUCACACUACAAGGGAACUAUCGAUGCAUUCAAGACUAUGUACAAAGAAGAAGGUAUCAGAGUGUUUUACAGCGGACUUAUCCCCUCGUUAUUUGGAUUGUUGCAUGUGGGGAUCCAUUUCCCGGUUUAUGAGAAGCUAAAGGAAGUUACCGGGUGCACAAGACCAGCAUUACCACUUUCUGCCACAUCUCAUGAAAGUGACGAAAUUGAUUUCAACCACGGACCAAACCACUUGUUGCUAAGAUUAAUCUUUGCAUCGUCACUAGCUAAGAUGAUUGCCAGUACUAUCACCUACCCGCAUGAGAUUUUGAGAACAAGGAUGCAGCUCAGAUCAUCAAAGGAGCCAUACGGGACCGUACAUGAGGGACAAGAUAAGGGAAAAUUAUUGAAGACGUUAUUCAAGAUAUACCAAAAGGAAGGAUUGAAGGGGUUUUACGCCGGUUAUGUGGUCAACUUAGCCCGUACCGUACCAGCUAGUGCCGUAACAUUGGUGAGCUUUGAGUAUUUCAAGACAUAUUUACUAGAAGUCAGUGGUAACAAAUUGGCAUGA